AUGUUUUGUUUAUGCGUUGGAGGCGCAUCGCAUCCGCUCUCCAGACACCACAUCCACGCCAUGACCGCAUCGCUCAAGAAGUUCUGCGUCUUAAGCGACUUGAAGGCCUUGAAGCAGAUACUGGUGCCCGACUACCAGACCAUUCAGGAGCGCAACAGAGAUGAUGAUUACGACAAUCGUUGGAAUUGGCAAACGAGUCACUUCUUGGACACCACCGACGACCAGACGGCCGCAGACGACACCGAUUGGACGCAACGGUUGAUGUCAUCGAUGGUGACGUUCAGCCCGUUCUCGGAUCUGAUGGCAUUCGCCAAACAAAGCCAUUUAGCCGUAUAUCGACUCAAACAGCCGGGCGAUCAGAGCUCGAGCGCCACCACCGCCGCCAAGUCUACCGUCGCCCCCACCGACGGCUGCCGUGAAUUGCAUCUGAGUUUUGAGACACAACUGACGAGCGGACAGAACGCGGCCUUUGAGGAGAUAACGUGUCUCCUAUUGGUUCCCAUUGUGUCGCAACAGAAGUCCUCGUCGUUCGCGUUCAACGACUGGACGGCGAUUGUCAUCGGCUUCUCUUCGGGCUAUUUCCGGAUAUACACCGAAAACGGCAAACUCUUGUUGAGUCAAUGCCUGCACAGCGAACCCAUUAUAGACAUCAAGUGUCAGACAUUCCGACAGAUGAGCGCC